AUGGAGUACCAGUUUUCUAAGAUUGUCGACCCAUCAUCGUUUGAUUCCAAAGGACUUAUCUCUGACAUCCCGGUUCGGAAGAAUCUUUUCUCUGAAGCAGAGUAUGUUGGAACGUUCCGUGCUCAAGAGGAUUGGAAUGCUUUUGUCGCUCCUCUGGGGGAGUUCAAAGGCGGCCUUGAUCCUACGUAUCCCCUGAUGUCAGUGGACGUACCCGAAUGUCGACCGGAACGCCUCGAAAUGGUUGCGUAUGGUAACGAAUUUGCAUUUCUAUACGAUGAUGCCAUUGAAAGCAUGGCCCAUGAUCAGGCCCAGAUGUUCAGGGAAAUGGCGGCGAUCGACCGACCUCGCGCAAUGGUCACUAUGAAAGCUUGGGCUGAGUUUUUGCGGCUCACGUCCAGCCGAGAUCGCCAAAAACAGUUCGAGAGUCUGGAAGAGUACAUUCCCUUCAGAGUAUGGGAUGUUGGACAGAUGCACAUGUUCGGCCUCAUCACGUUCGGAAUGGGCUUGACGAUCCCAGAAAGCGACAUGGACAAGUGUAACAAAGAUACAGCACCGGCCUGUGCAGCCAUUGCUCUGGCAAACGAUCUAUUUUCGUGGGAUAAAGAACGCGAUUUGGCGAAACGGGACAACUUGCCACAUAUCGUCAACGCUGUCUGGGUCAUCAUGGGGCAAUACUCUGUCAGUGAAGAAGAGGCGAGGAAGAUCUGUCACUCCAAGGUCGUUGAGUUGGUUGAAGAGUAUAAAGAAACUGUGGAGAGGUACAAGAACGAUCAGUCGAUCUGCCUUGAUCUCAAGAAAUACGCUGAGGCACUACUGUAUAACAUCAGUGGUAACCUUAUCUGGAGUUUGACCUGUCCGCGGUAUAAUCCGGGAACGGAAUUAAACUCCUGCCAGAGGUGGAUGCAGAAGCGGCUUACGCAGCCGUGA